AGUGACAGGCUGGUCUCUGUUCUCUCAGAGGAAAAUAAUUUGUACAAACUGAAAACUGAAACAACAUGAGGCCGCAGGCAAGAGACACCGACCGUCUGUAGACCUGCAGCAGAGAGAGAGAGAGGUGUGAAGGUGGAGCAGGUGGAGGAAGAUGUUGAGACCCUGCAGGCUGCUAAUCUGGCAGGUGGCUCUCAGGUUGUCUUAUCAUGUUGUUACAGCCAGUCUGUGCCUGGGUGGGUCGGACAUCUUUGCAUCGAUCAGAGAGAACAGUCGGACGGGUCAGCUGAUAUCCACCCUCAGUAUCACCGGAGAACCAGGAGGGGGCGCCAUCCGCCUGUGUCUGACCGGAGACAACGCCGACUGGUUCUACUUAGAGGGUCGAAGCAUCCGACUUAACAGCUCCGCCUCCAGAGUCCUUGACCGAGAGGUUCAGGGAUCAGUGCUGAUAGCAGAGCUGACCUGUUAUGAGGACGAUGUCAUACAGAGUCAGUACAGGAUCCUGGUGGAGAUUGUGAAUGAGAAUGACAACAGACCGAACUUCCUGCAGGAGACGAUUCAGCCGUUCACUAUCAGCGAGCUGACAGCAGUGAACUCUGUGGUUUUCACUGUGAAGGCUGUUGACGCUGAUGGAGACAUGAUCACUUACAUCAUUGAUCAAUCAUCGCGUGACGCCUGGUUCUUCAGGAUUGAUCUACCCAACACUGGAAACAUAGUUCUGGACAAACCACUGGACUAUGAGACCAGAACGCAUCUGCAGGUGAUGAUCUGGGCUCAGGAAGCGAACACUGUGGAGAAAUUCAACACGUCUGCUGUUCUGACGGUGAUCAUCAAGGAUGGAGACGACCAGUACCCUCACUUCCUGCCCUGUACACCUGUCUCUCCAGGUGUUCCUGUCUGCAUGAACCCCACCUACACCACCAACAUCACACGCAAACAGCAGGAUGCGGUUCUGCAGUUUUCUCCUGGUCCAAUCAGAGCAGAGGAUGGAGACAGAGGGAUCAACACUCCUCUGAUCUAUUCCAUCCUGUCCGGUGGUGAUAAGGGUAGAUUUGAGAUCAACAACAGGACAGGUGAGAUCAGGUUAACCCGACCUGUGAACGACCAGCAGCUGAUGGCAAACUUCACACUCAGUGUCAUGGUGUGUCAGGCCAAUGACCGACUGAAGUACAGUGUGGCAUCGGUUCUGAUCAGAGUUCUCAGUGAGAACAUGUUCCCUCCAGUCUUCAACAGAACCACCUUUAAAGGUUUCAUCAUCCAGAGCUCUAGCCCCGCCUCCAUCAUCUCCACCUAUGGGAACCAGGUGUUACAGGUCCAAGUGUCAGAUGAUGACUUCCCUGAUGGCCGGAAUCCAAACAUCCACUACUCCCUCCAUCCUCCAUCUGGACUGUACCAAGUCACCCAAGGGGGGGUUCUGAUCGCCAGGACAGACCAACUGCACACAUUUGCAAGACACAUACUUCAGGUUGUUGCCAGAGAUGAAGAGUCAGGAGAAGAAGUUUCAGCUUCAGUGGACAUUGAAGUCCUGCAGCGAGGACAACCAGGUGAGAACACCAGCAGCAGCAAGUAACACUUAGACUCACACUCUCUCUCUCUCUCUCUCUCACACACACACACACACACACACACACACACACACACACACACACACACACACACACACACACACACUCUUACACACACACACACACACACACACACAGCAGUGCAGUGGGUUGUAAAGCAAGGGUGGGGGGGCUCUUGGAAGUCUUCCACUCCACUGAUCACAAACUGAUCAGUCAUCUGUUUCAUUAAUGAGAUAACAGUCUCAUUAGAAACACAGACACUCAGCAGGACAACAGGAUCUGUUAUUCAUAGACAAAACUAUAACACAUCAUAGUGACUUAUGGCCUCUUUGGUUCUGAAUGAAUUUAUUCAUUAUGACUCAUGAUUCACAAAUGAAGUCUGACUAUUUAGCAGAAAAGUCAAAAAGUUUAUUAACAGCUGAUGUCACAGAUGUCAGAUGUCAAGUUAUGACCUUCAGAAUGAUCCCAUAGAUGUCUGACAUAUAUAACUCUCUGUAGUCCCUUGUUCACUGACAUAAAUUUUCAUCUUUUCAGUUCUCGUGGUGCAUUCACUGACAUAAGCUCUAUCCUGUUUUCAGUCACUUGUGCUGC